CAGCCAUCUUGCCCAGCCAUCUUGCUGCAGAGCCGGCCCGAGCAGACCCUCGCCUGCGAGCUCUGGCUUCCCCGAGAGCCAGCGCACGAUCCAUCUGCGUCCCAGAGCCCUCCUGCUCACCCGCUUCCUAUAAUGGCUGCCAAUGCCUCCGCCGGUCGCUCCGCCCUCUCCGACCCCCAGCUACCAGCCGAAUCCGAGGGCCCAUCAUCGAUAGAACUCCGGCCGACAGCCUCACCCUCGGUCUCGCCGGUAGUGUUCCCUCCCGGGCUGAUUCGCCCAGGGCAAGCUAUGGCCCAGCCCUUUCUGCAUGCCAACCCAAGCAAUCCUGACCCAGCCGACUGCCCCAGCCCCGUCGAUUACGCCGACGCUGUCGAUCCUGCCUUUGCGCCAGCAGCAGCAGCACCGGGCGGCCCGUCAGAUCAACAGCCCUCUUCCAAACGCAGGAUCCGCAACAUAUUUGCUUCGUUCUACACUCCAUCGUCUGGUGGAGUCUCUUCCGGUGCCAGGCUUGCAGAGGCCCCCGCGCCUCCCACCGACCCCGUUCCCUCGUCCGCCAAGACCGAGCGCUUUCCGGCCAACAUGUACAACUACCUCUUUCGCAACGCCAACUCAUCUUCCUCUCAAUCGUCUGACUCGGCCAUGGAUCCGUCCGAAUCGGAUGAGUAUUCCGAGGAUCCCGAUCCAAAGGGAUACCAGAGCGAUUUUGGCUCGUAUAUGCAGCCGCGCUUUUCGCCGACCUUUGCCCGACAGGCCCAGAGCGAAACCGAAUACGACGAUGACGACGAUGAAGACGACGAUGACGAAGACGAUGACGAAGACCACGACGAAGACGAAUACGAUGAAGAUGAUGAGCCAGCGUACGCAAGCGCCGACUCUGGUGCGACCUUUCCAUACGAUAUACACAACAACGUCUUUGCGGCCGAGUCAUCGGGUGCCAACUUGAAUGCCAUGUUAUCUCACAAGCGGCAGUGGCCAUCGUUUGCGUCAAUCUUUGGUCUCGACCCGUUCCACUACAAGAUCCCCCGAAACAGCGUCGAGAGCAUGGAUGUCUCGUCCAUGCCAGUCUCUCCUGUUGAGGAGGGCGGCCUAGGUCUGGCUCUUACUGCUGCUCCUACUGCCGCUGCCGCUGCCGGUACCCCAGAGCUCGCCGAGCUACCAGGACCUCCCCAGGUGGCAGGCCAAUCGGCGAUAGCAGAGACAUCGGGCCAGCCCGAAGUGCCCAUGUCGCCCGAGUCCACGGACUCGACUCCAAGGGCAUCGCGCCAUCCAACCGUCGCCCCGCUCGAUCUCCCACAGCCAGUCUUCGACGAGCCCAAAUCUGGGACGCGGCCGUCCAAGAUUCCGACGCAUCUCAAGGUCGACACCAUGACCUCGCCUGAGCCCAUCAAUCACCACUUUUUCGAUUUCUUGAAGGGCGACUUGAUUGUCCUCGGCGGCUUCUACGGCUCGUUCCUGAAGAACAAGCAUACCGAACAUCGCUCGUGGCUUACGAUGGAGGCUGUUCUGUCCUGGGGUGCUCCCGGUAUCAAGCUCCCCCUCAGCUUUGACGAGGUUGAAAACGAUGCUCAUGUUCCCAGCGGCAUCCUCGAUCGGUUUGGCCCGUUGAAUGUCUGUGUGGAGCUUCUCCGCGAGCUUCGCGGAUGGGAAUCACGAAGCAAGGGCACAUUCCGUCUGCACACCUUUGCAUACGAUUGGCGAAGAGAGGGCCAGUAUGCAUCCAAGCAACUCGAGAAAUUCAUGGAAAACAUAUACGAGAAAAAUGGACGCCAGCCCAUCAUGGUUGUUGCACAUUCCAUGGGCGGUUUGAUCACGCUAUCGACUGUGAAUCGUCGACCUGAGCUCUUCCGAGGCUGCGUAUUUGCUGGAACCCCUUUCCAUGGGGUCCAUCCCAUCCUCUGGGCGUUUCACCGCGGUGCACCGCUGAUGAUCAACAAGAAGAUUCUGAGCGCCGAGCUUCACUUUUCGCUACGGAGCUCCUUCUUGUUCCUGCCCAAGGACGGCCGAGGACUGGUCAACGACAAGGACGACGACAUCAUCAUCGACUACUUCAACCCAAACAAGUGGUGGGAGUACCGUCUCGCACACACGGUGCGCAAGGCCGAUUCAUUCACGGCCAUUAGCCCGUACCUGUCCGAUGCCCUCCGCAUGGCCAAGGAGUUCCACGAGUCCCUCCGGUUCCAGAAAGAGCUGGCGUCGCGAUACCCAAAUUUUGUGCUCAUGAUAUCGGAUCGCUUCCCGACGGCCACCCGCUUCAAGGCCAGCGUCAAGACCCGCAAGCGCACCCCCGGCCAGCAGGAAAUCUUCAUCAGCCGCCCCUGCAAGUUCGACGGCGGCGACGGUGUCGUUUCGCGCGAGAGUGCGAGCCGCAUGCCGCACGGAUACUCGUAUGCCAUUGUCGAGUGCGGCACGAGCCAUGUGGGCAUCAUGAACGAUCUGCCGGCCAUGCGCCGGUCGCUCAAAAAGGCGUAUGCGGGAGAGUCAGUCUGGUCCGAUCUUGAUUCGCCGCGCCAGCCCAGCUCCACAUUCUCAAACUUCCAGGCUUUCCUGAUGCACUCGUCGCACAAACGCACCAACAGCCGAGAGACCAAGGCGCCAACCGACGAGGAUCGCCCCGCGACGCCGAGCCGCCACCACCAUCACAUCUCCGUUGGCUCGACCGCCGUUGCCAAAAAGGCCUUCAAGGCCAAGGUUAGGAAGGCCCGGAGUUUGGAUUUGGGGUUCCGGAUUCGCAAGAGCAGUAAGAAUCUCGAGAUACCGCAGCUAAUCCCGCCGCCUUCAAAUCCCUCCGAAGUCCGCGACAAGCCCUUCUUCAAGCGCCGACAGAAGAAGCGCACUGCCGAUUCCGGCGUGCCCCGCCCCGAUGGCCACUUUGACACCGGCGCCAUUGCAGCCUUAUCAAGCCCCGAGUGCGCUCCCUCAGGCCCCUCCCUGGCUCCAUCUGCCCAUCUCGAGUUCGGACAUCCUCCGUAUCCUCCAAUCAGCGGAAGCGAUACCGACUAUCAGGACUAUACUGACAACGACGAUGCAGAUACUGACGAUCAGCAAGACAAGUAUGGUCCAGAGCGUGGCCCUCGCCGUUCAGGCGGGCGCUCCAGCGGCCCCCGACUUCUGGCUUCCGUGGGCGGCAAUGCCAGUACUGGAUCUGGACCUGGGCCAAAUGAACAGCCCCGCUCCACUCGAUCUUUCCUGCGAUUUGGCGGACCGCCGCAGCAGCCGAGCGGGGGCGACCCCGUACCCACUGUUGUCACUCCAGGAGGGCCUCAACAGGUUCAGCUCGAUGAUUCCCGAACCGACGAUGAGCUGGAACCCCUCUCAGCUCAUCCAAACGCUCCUCAAUCCAGCUGGAAUCGUCUCAAGAGCCUUGUGAACACCAAGGCCCGCUUCAAAUCAUCCAAGCGUCGCGAUGGCGCUCAGCGCCGAACCUCCGAGCCCCUCGACUCGGAAAAUCCGCAGAGCGAGCUGCCUGAACAGUGAUGAUCGCCAUCGGCAAUCUCAGCGGGACCUUUCCUCCUCGGGCCUGGAUCGCGGCUCGCAACUCUUUGGGGACGUACAAACCGGUACCGCCUUUCCCAAUUUCUCCCUCUGCCUUCCUUCACAUCACCCCCCGCCUCUGCCUU